AUGUUCGUCAUCCGCACGCUUCCUCGACUUUGUACAUAUAUUACAAUAGAUACAAAGGACUACUUUCCUCCUUUCUUGUUCUUUUUGUUUCUGUUCUUGAAUCCCUUCUUCUGGGAGUGCUUCUUGUUGAACUUUAUACUGUCAGACAAACUUCUGUCUCCAAGUCCAAUUUCACGCGACACGGCGGUGCCAGCCUCCACGCCAAACUUCUCUAUUCUAGCCAAGUCAUUUCGAGAAGCUUCGGCUGCUGCUUCGUCACCGAAUUUUUCAGCUCGUUUGAUCUUUUUUUGUAACAAUUCCACUGCUAAUUUCUUCCUCUCUUCUGGUGACAAGACUUUUUUCUCGGGUUUGCUCUCCUUUUGUUCCUCUUCCUCGAUAGCAGUGUUCUCCUUAGCAGGCUCAGCAGCAGCUUCAUCCGCUACAUCUUCUUCUUUGAGUUCUUCUUCAGGUUUGGUUGCUUCAUUAUCACCAGCCGUGGAAUUUUCACCGCCAUUCUGA